GAUAAUUAAAGAGAAUUAUUUCGAAAGAAAUUCGUUGAUUGUGAACGUUUGAAAUACUUAACCACAAUUAUAUUUGUUAUCAUGAAAUUGCUCCGUUUACACAGCUGGUUCGUUGUUUCUUUGUUAUUGUCGGAGAUUGAAUGCAGUUAUUUCACAUCACCACAAGGGGACAUUGUAGACCAUGACAUCUGUACGUUAUUUCAAGAUGCACAAGACUCCUCCCAGAAACAGAGGAUGAUGAUGAUGUUCUCUGGGCUUUGUUACAUAGAGACGAAGGGCGAGAGAGAAAAUGGUGAAAACAUAUUCCAGCCGGCUGAUAGAAAUGCAAGACACUGGACUGUUACGUUGAUUUUAAUAUGACUGUUUGACGGGAGUGCUUGGACUAGGAUUAAUGCCUGUUUUUGGGUUGGAAGCAAUCAUGUAUUUCUCAAGCAGAACGCUUUUUCGGUUUUAUCUUGCGAUUGUGCUGCUGAAUUAUUGCUGGGAAGCGGUGACUGGACAGCUCUCGUAUUCCGUAUCAGAGGAGGUAAACCCGGGGACUUCUGUUGGGAAUAUCGCCAAGGAUCUAAAUCUAAAUGUCCAGGAUUUAGAGUCUCGUAUGUUUCAGAUAGUUGCUGGAUCAAAGAGGAAAUAUUUCGAUGUAAAUAUAAAAACUGGUGUUCUUUAUGUCAAUGAAAGAAUAGACCGCGAGGAGCUUUGUUCGAAGGCUACAAAAUGUAGUGUUGACGUAGAGGCCGUGAUCAACAAUCCACUGAAGCUUUACCGUUUAGAGAUAACUAUAAUAGAUAUUAAUGAUAAUGCACCCAUUUUCUCUGAGCAAUUGCAGUCACUUAACAUUGCCGAACAUUCUUUACCGGGGGUGAAAUUUGGACUGAUAGAGGCAUCAGAUUUGGAUGUUGGAAAGAACAGUGUUAAUACAUAUAAGCUUAGCAAUAAUGAUUAUUUUUCUUUAGAAAUUCACAAAGGGGGAGAUAGCGUGUCCGCUGAGUUAGUACUGCAGAAAUCGUUAGACCGAGAGCAUGACUCUAUAAUAAAACUCACACUAACUGCAGUGGAUGGAGGAAAUCCAACCAGAUCGGGAACCUCACAAAUAAUUAUCAACGUCUUGGAUACUAACGAUAACCAUCCUGUUUUCAGUAGAUCUUUGUACAAAAUUCUAAUUUUUGAAAACUUGCCAACGGGGUCUACUGUGAUUAUUCUUAAUGCAACAGACGCAGAUGAGGGUUUAAACAGUGAAAUAGAAUAUUCUUUAAGAAAGAAAGGCCAGGAUCGUGUUUUAGACUUAUUUCAAAUUGAUUCCAAGUCAGGUGAAAUUUUAAUCAAGGGUAAGAUAAACUAUGAAGAAAAUCCUGCCUUUGAGAUUCAUGCACAGGCCAGUGACAAAGGGCAGCCUCCGAUGUCUGCUCAUUGUAAGGUGCUGGUAGAAGUGGUGGACCUAAACGACAACGCUCCUGAGAUCACCGUGACGUCACUAUUGAACACAGUGAAGGAGGACGCAGAAGUAGGAACUGCUAUAGCACUUGUUUCUGUGCUGGACAAAGAUGGUGGGAAAAACGGUGUAGUAAAAGCUGUCAUUGCAAAUGAUGCUCCCUUUAAAUUGGACACAAAUUACAAGAAUUAUUAUUCGUUGGUAGUUAAUGGUCAGCUUGACAGAGAGACUAUGGCCGAGUACCAUGUCGUUAUCGUAGCGACUGAUGAAGGGACUCCACCUCUCUCCAGCACCAACAUAGUGACAGUUCAAGUUUCUGAUGUUAAUGAUAACCCGCCUCGAUUCUCGGAGCCGCUGGUUAAUGUGUUUGUUAAAGAGAACAGUCCAGUAGGAGCCGUUAUUAAAACAGUGACUGCUGUUGAUGCCGAUAUCAGUCAAAAUGGUCAGGUGAGCUAUUCUAUUUUACAAAGUAAAAGUAACUCAGUCCCGUUAUCUACAAUGUUGAACAUCAACUCAGAGACUGGCGAUAUAAUCAGCCUGCAGUCUUUUAACUACGAGGAGUUAAAAUCGUUUCAGUUCAAAGUUCAGGCCACAGACUCUGGUGUUCCUCCGCUCAGCAGCAACGUGACUGUGAACGUUUUAAUUCUGGAUGAAAAUGACAAUAAUCCAACAAUUCUCGCGCCCUAUUCUGAGCACGUUAACAGUGAGAGCAUCCCAUAUUCUGCUGAAGCGGGAUACUUUGUGGCAAAGAUCCGGGCUGUAGACGCAGACUCUGGAUACAAUGCGUUGCUUUCUUAUCACCUCUCUGAGCCCAAAGGGAACAACCUCUUCCGGAUCGGAACCAGCACCGGAGAAAUCAGGACUAAGAGGAGAAUGAGUGACAAUGACCUGAAAACUCACCCCUUGGUGGUGUUGGUGUCUGAUAACGGAGAACCCUCCCUGUCAGCUACUGUGACUAUAGACGUGGUGGUGGUUGAAAGCACAGCUGACAUCCAGACUCAGUUCAGACAUGUGCCCAUAAAGGAGGAGAGCUUCUCUGAUUUAAACCUGUAUCUGCUGAUCGCCAUUGUGUCGGUGUCAGUGAUUUUUCUGCUGAGCCUCAUCAUUUUAAUAGCUGUCAAAUGCCACAGGACAGACGGCAGUUUCAGCAGGUACAGCGCCCCAAUGAUCACCACCCACCCUGACGGGAGCUGGUCUUACUCUAAAUCUACUCAGCAGUACGACGUGUGUUUCAGCUCAGACACACUGAAGAGUGACGUAGUGGUUUUCCCCCCACAGUUCCCACCUGUAGAUGGUGAACUGAUCAGUAUUAACGGAGGAGACACUUAUACCAGAACUCAGACACUACCCAACAAAGACAAGGUAAGAAAACUAUGA